AUUACUUAUAACGCUGCUACACUCGACAACUGUCUCUUAUUUUUCUUUUUGCUCUUUUGGGGUAGGAGAUGGAGAUGGAGAUGCAGAUGGACGACCUCCCCGCCCGAAUCGCCCGACUGGUGCACUCGCACUUCGAUGGCCUGCCGACGCGCAGUAAACCCAUUCUCCGGGAUGAUGGGACGAGAGAGUGGAUUCCUAUGUCGGGGAUUGUGGUUGUUAGGGGUGAAAAUACCCCGGAGGAGGAGUUGACUUGUGUGGCUGUGACAUCCGGCGCAAAAUGCCUCUCCGCCUCGCAGAUCCCCCAUUGCAAGGGCCUGGUCCUGCAUGACUGGCACGCGGAGAUUCUUGCCCUGCGUGCAUUCAAUUAUUGGUUGUUGGGCGAGGUGAGGGGGGUUAUUGAGAUGGAGAGGUCUGCUGCUGCUGCUGCUGCUGCUGCUGCUACUACUUCUACUGCUUCUGCAUCUGCUGGAACGGGUAUUGUUUCUGUAUCAGAAGCUGUAUCGGAAAAGAAAAAGACAUCACCAUUCGUUCGGAGACGACCAGAGAGAGAUCAACAUACGCCAGCAUCCACCCCAGAAGCCGCAGAGGCAGAGACAGAACCACCAAAGCAGAAAAAGAAGACAACCUCCCCCCCCUUCGAACUCCACCCCUCCCUCAAAAUCUACAUGUACUGCACCUGCGCCCCCUGCGGCGACGCAAGCAUGGAACUCACCAUGGCCGCGCAGGAGGAUCCCACGCCGUGGGAGAUCCAACCUCAUCCCCAACCACAAAAUCUCCCAGAAACCCCCACCCAAACCCCUCAAGAACCAGAACCAGAACCAGAACCAAACUCCUUACUCAACGGCCGCGCGCACUUCUCCCAGCUCGGCAUCGUGCGCCGCAAGCCCGCGCGCGCCGACGCCUCCUCCACGAAAAGCAAAUCCUGCUCGGACAAGCUCGCGCUGCGGCAGGUGUCGUCGCUGAUCUCGCGGCAGAUGGGGCUGUUGGUGGCGGUGACCCGGAAUGCGUAUUUGGCGGGGUUGGUGAUGCCGGAGGGGGAGAUUAGUGCGGUGGGGUGUGGGAGGGCGUUUGGGGGUGGGGUGGGGGGAGGAUGGGGUCUUUGGCGGGGGGGUUUGGGGUGGGGGGUGGGGGAGAGGGACGGGCAAGGGUAUCGGUUCUCGCCGUUCCAGGUUCUAAGGGUUGAGGGGGCGCUGGUGGAGGAGUUGUGGGCGUUUGGGAAGCCGAGGGGGCGGGAUGCAGGUACAGGUACAGGUACUGCCACAGAUCCUGGUCCAGCCAAUGGCAACGAGAAUACGUCUGGGAAUGGGAAUGGAGCUGGCAAUAGUGCUGCAGGAAAAUACAAACCCGGGACAAUCUCGGCAGUAUGGAUCGCCGCACCAUCAGGCUCGUGUCUAGGAUUCAACCCCGCCGACGGAACGAAACAGUUACCCAAGCUGCGCGGGUCGCGGACCGGGCUAUACGAGACGAUCAUCGGCGGGGUCAAGCAGGGCUAUAAGGCAUCCGGGCCCGGGCCUCGGGUUCGAGGGGCGUCGGCGCUAUCCAGGGCCAAGAUGUGGGGGUUUGUGAGGGACCUGGUGGGUGAGAGGGAGUUGGAUCAGAAUCGGAGUCAGAGUCGGAAUGAGGAUGGAGUGGACCAGGAUGAGAAGGGUGAUCGGGAUCAGUUGGGCCGGAUUGUCGGGGAGGCUUCGUAUGGCGGGUUCAAGAAGGCGGCGCUUUCCACGGAAGCAGGCCAGGCCCGGGAACGGGCGAUGCAGGACGCGAAGAAGGUCCUUGUGCCGUGGGUGCCGAAUUCCGGGGAUGAGGGUUGGGGGUUGGAGGUGCUGGUGGAUAACUAUACCAAAAAGAGGAAGCGUUGA